AUGGACGCUAGGCGUAGUCUCACCUGCAAGCAAGUGAGCGACCACUACGACCAUCACCUGAACCCACCCCUGACACCCCUACACCCCCGCGUCGGCCCAGACCAUACUGCCAGGAGAGGAGUGCUGGGUCCCCACGGUCUCCGCGGCUCAAACGACAAUGGUCUGCUGCUUCUCCGCACCUGCGCAGAACACCGCCUCAUCCUGACGAACACCUUCUUCUGUCUGCCGAAGCGAGAUAAUGCCACCUGUAGGCAUCCUCGGUCGCGCGAGUGGCACCUGCUGGACUAUGUCCUCGUCCGGAGGCGAGAUCAGCGGGACGUGCUGGUGAAAAAAGCGAUCGCGGGCGCUGAGGGGUGGACCGACCAUCGCCUCGUCAUGUCGAAGAUGCGUAUUCGCCUACAGCCUCGCAGGAGACCACAAAGUAAGCGACCCCCAGGUAAGCUGAAUGUUGCCUUGUUGUCUUUGCCCACUCACCAUCUUCAUUUCAGCAAUGAGCUAGCUCAACGGCUAGACAACCUUUCUAUCGCUGCCGCCGCCCUCGACGCCGCCGCUGCCGAGAACGCCUCCGUGGAGAACCGCCGGUGUCAACUGCGAGACACGGUCCAGUCGACCGUGUUCGCCGUCCUCGGUCGCGCUCCCCGUCAACACCAGGACUAG